GUUAAAUGUCACAGUUUAGCAAACUAAAUUUUAAGCAAAAUUAAAAAAAAUGUAGAUCAAACGUUAUAAAUUAUCCGUCACUCGAAAACGAAUACGAGCAUUAAAUAGAAACUGAAAAGCAAGCAAGUCCUGAACAGAGUCUUCCAGCAAAUGCUUCAUCAUGGGCGCCCACAACAGCAAACCUCAGACCGUCCAGAUGCCAAAUCCCAUUCCCUUUCACAUCACUCGCGAGGUUAUGGAGCGAAUUGAUCAGUCCUCUGGAAAUAUCACCAUGUCGCCAUCAAACUACUGCGAGAAGUGCAAGCAGCGAGAACGCGGAGGCGCCUCCGCGAGUACGGAUGUGCCACCGAAGACGAUGGACCACAAGCCGUCGGAGGUGACGGUCAAGAAUCCCGUGCCUGUAGUCUCGCCUUGGAAAAGACGCUCCUCGGAGAUUGAGGAAGCCCACUUCGGACAGUCCCUGCAACGGGUACAGGACAUAUUUGGCAAGCCGAUCUACUGGGCCAAGGAGUGCUCUGCCGAUAUCACCAAGCUGGAGGAGGACCUGGUCUUUUGCUACCAGAAGUACUCCAACGAACCGCUUCAGUGCGCUCCUCUGGCCAGCCAGUAUCACCGGUAUGUGUUCGCCAAGCAGGCCGCCGAGAUAAACAGGCCGAGAAAGGAAAACCCGAACACCGGAGAUCCUUCUAAAAAGCUCCAUAAUAUUGAGGACGCCAAGAUAGAAUCUACCUAGGUUUGUUGGAAUUCAUUUUAAUAAAAGCAAUCGAAUCGGC